UGAGGGUGUUAUAAUAUACCCGAAACGCACGUGAUCGUUGUCUAGCCAAUCAUGAAAAGCUAUAUCGUUGAUCACAGCCUGUUGCACCCGUUCCUGAGAUGCUACGCCGGCUGAACAAGCCAAACAUUCUUGCGCUAUUUAAAUGCCGUCGGCGCCGCUUCAAGCCGGACAAAAUUUCUAACUAGCAUGCUUCAAGUCAGAUUUCGAUCCAUCUGCGCAGCGCCGCGUCAAGUCGACGUAGACCUGAGCAGAUGACUUUCGUCUUUCGUUUCAAGGAAAUUACGUAUCUGUAUGGUUAACGCUGAUUGGCCGAGACCGAUGCCAGUAGCAGAGCCAUUUUAAGAGAGAGAGUCGCGUCAACUCAGUUGACUACUAUGGAACAGUUUUUUUUUCACAGCAAUGGCGGUUCAUGGAGGCUCUCAGUAGUUCCCGGAAGUUACUAGUAACCUAUGGAGCUGCGACUAAAACCGACUCUAAUUGAGGUAAACUUCUAACUCAUUUAUGACGAACACCAUUUAAUGAAUAAAAAACUAAAGUAAUAAAGCAUUUAAACGGAAAACAUAACUUCCUGGAACUAUCUAAAGGCUUCACGAAUCACGUGACGCUCCAGCGUUUUGGACUUCUGUUGGCAGAACUCUCUCUCUUCCCAUGGCUGUGGCCAGUAGGAAACUCCUUUCACCAAUGAGAAACCUUUCGGCAUGCCCCCACCUUUCGCAACGCCAUUUCUCUAACCUGCAGUUAUCCAUGCCUCGUUUGUCCGUUUCAUUCCACGUUACACUGAAUCGUUUGCUGUCUUGAUUGUCGAGAGGGAUGGAUUUCACGAUACGGCCCGCCACGUUAGAGGACUGUAAGGACAUCUCGCGCAUGAUACUGGAACUGGCAGAACAUGAGAAAGUUUCUGACCAGAUUAAAAUUACACAAAGAGAUCUGGAGCAGGAUGGGUUCUCGAAAAAUCCUUUCUUCCAUGGAAUUAUUGCUGAAGUACCUGAGCACCUUAAGUCUAAAGAUGGUCAUCCCAAAAUUGGAUACUCUUUGUACUUCUAUACAUACAGUUCAUGGAAAGGCCGAGCAGUGUACAUGGAGGACCUGUACGUGAUGCCAGAGUUCAGAGGGAAAGGCAUUGGAAAGGCUCUGAUGGCCAAAGUUGCCCAGCUUGGUUUGGCUGCUGGUUGCACACAGCUGAAUUUCACUGUACUGGAUUGGAACAAGUCCUCUCUGGAUUUCUACCUGAAGCAGGGAUGCUGGGAUGUGACCUCUGACCUUGGUUAUCACUGCAUGCGCUGUGAGGGUGAUGCCCUUCAACAUAUGGCCCAGGGAGACCUUUAAAUUUUGCAGCAACACUCCUGACCGGAGCCACAAGCAACAGGUUGUUUGAUACCCACAAGAAAGAAUAAGCACCCAAUCACCUCUCAUAAAGAGAGUCAUCAUGCUCAGCUCCCACAUUUUAACAGUGAAAUACAACUUGGAAACUUUGAGGUAAUUAAUACAAGCGGUAUUACUAAGAGCAAUGUGACAAACAUAUUGUUUCGUUUUAUGUAUUUGUUUAGCUCAUCUGUUACCUCAAAAAGUAUGUAUUAUAACCAAAAGACAAACUUAGUUAUUCUAUUUAUUUCAAUUGGCCAUUUGGUCUACAAGUCCAAAGAUUAAGAAGUCCACUGUUGUUCUUUGGACACUAGUUCAAGUUUAUUUGUUUAUUUGUCACAUUCACCGAUAAACACAUGAUACAGCAGUGAAAUGUCCCAGAUAGCAUCUGGCCCAGUUGUGUACAUAGGACCUGGGCCAGUGUCUUUAAGCAAAACGGUCCAAUAGCGGUCUUUAUUGAUCUUUAUUUUUCUAUAGUGUUUUUGUCCAAAUGUGGGACAAAGCUGGUCCAGAUGCAGAACAGAGCUGGUCUGGAGCUGGCCAGGUGAUGGUUCAGAUGAGAAAAAAGAUCCGGUCCGCAACUGGCAGGUUGUGCCAAAAGUCACCGGCCUAGGUCCAUUUUGCACAGGCCCAGAACUUAUGAAUUAUAUAGAAAAUGAUUGUACUUUUUAACAAAUAUUCACAGUAAAACACCACAUCCUAAUGUAAAUGUACAUUCAUAAUAAAAUUGCACACUACAGUAAAUUGAUUUAUUCAAGGGCUUUCUCUGUUAAAAUAUUUAAUUUAUUUAGCAAUAAAACAUAUUAAAGCAGGCGUAACACACAGGGUUUCUGCCAAUCUCAUAUUAAUCUUGAGUAUCUAUAGAGUAGUAUUGCAUACUUCAUACUUCGAAGAGUAUUUAGUUUGAUCACAUUUAAAAAAGAUAGAUACAGCUUUACGAUAGUUUCCGAAAACAUACGGCGUGUAAAGGGGGGAGGGGUAGGCUGAACCCAAGCACGUGCGCACCCAUGUCAACAAAACACAGACAUCAGUUUCACUCACUGCAUGCGGUUCAUGUCAGGCAUCUUUUAGCGUUUGAACAUCCCCAUAUAUCAGUUUGAAACGAUCUUCAAAUCGAGUGUAAUAUUCUCCGUUUAUACAACAUUCAUGACCCAAAUGCAGUUGUGACGGCCCCUGCUUUAUCGUUGCUCUAAGUAACGGAUCGUUCCCGGAUGGGUUUAUUUAGGACACCUGCUGCUGAUUUCCGUUCAUGCCUUUAAAAAGGGCAAUUUACCAUUGACCAGAAGCGCUGCCCUUUUGGACAUGGUUUCCUUUGUUUUGAUUUCGGUUACUUUAUACAUUUAACAUUAACCUUCAUUACACUUUCAUUCAUACACCUACUUCACACCACUGAUUCCUCACUAUUUCAUGCGCUAUUGUUUUUUCUUAUGUAUAGCUUUUUUUCGUUAAUAAAUUAUUUCCAUUGUUUGCA